AAGACGUCACUCCAGGAAACAAGCAGCCGCCAGCGGUGUGCGUGUGUACACAAAAGAGGGACUCUCUUGAAAGUCACUUAUAUUCACCAGAUAUCGAUAUUUAUAUUUCACGAGUUGGAGGAAGAGGAAGAUGACAGUGUCGGUAGAAUGAGCUGACAACGGAGUCGCCCAAAGCGUGCGAGUGACCGAGUCCUUGUGAGUACGAGGCAGACAAAAGAAAGACGGAAGGAUGCCAAGAAGAAAACAGUCAAAUCCACAACCGGUGAAAUUGGAGUCUGAGGAUGGGGCUGUGGUCUGUGAUCCCAGCUGCCUGGUCCUGGAGAGCGACUUCCUCCUCAGUGGAGAGCUGGAGUUCGGAGACUCUGAGAUCAUGGGACUGGACAGAGACUCAGGGAUGGCUGUAUUUUCUCUGAGCGUUGAGGACGACCCAUCUGCCCCGGAUGACUCCUCUUUCCCAGCAUUCCUCUCCUGCAGGGGGUGUGGCCAACUGCUGGGAGACACGCCCCUGGGUUCCAGCUUAGAGCUCGGGACAGCGCUGGACCUGGGGUCAGGACUCUACUGCCUGGCGUGCGAGGAGGGCGUCCAAUCAGAAUCUCACACUGCCUGGGAAAACUCCCAGGAGGAAGAGGAAGAGGAGUCUAACUCGGCCGGCCAAUCAGGCGGAAGGACGGCCAGGAGGAGGAGGAGGAGGGGCAAAGAAGGGGUGGGCGGGGUCUCUAAGCUGUACUCGUGCACCCUGUGCAGCUUCACGUCGCGCUACUCCAACCACCUGAAGCGGCACAUGAGGACGCACGACGGCGAGAAACCGUACCGCUGCCCUGUGUGUCCGUACGCCUCGGCCCAGAGGGUCAACCUGCAGAGGCACGCCCGCACGCACACCGGAGAGAAGCCCUACUGCUGCCACCUCUGCAGCUACGCCUGCAGUUCCUUAGGAAACCUGCGGAGGCACCAGCGCAUGCACACGCAGGAAAGGCCGCAGCGCAGAGAGAAGGAGAAGAGACGAGGCAGGCGGAAAAACAGCCGCGGGGAGAGGGAUGAAGAAGCGGUAGUUUCAGACCUGACUGUACGUGUGAGCGAGGGGGCCAGCUUCCUCCAGACUCUGGGGGGGAUCGGCUCCCCCUCAGCCCCCCUCCCGGACCUCCUCUUCCCCCUGUGCUGCCGGGCCUGCGGCCUGGCCCUGGAAGGAGAGGGCGAGGGCGAAGGGGAGGCCGAGGUGUGCCGCAGCUGCUCCAUGGAGCUCCUCUCCAAAGAGCCAGCCUCCUGCUGCCCCGACCCCAGCCCCAGGCACCGGCGCGGGGGCACCAAGCUGUACCGCUGCCCCUCCUGCCCCUUUCUGUCCCACUACCCCAACCACCUGGCCCGCCACGCGCACACCCACAGCGGGGAGAAGCCCCACAGCUGCCCUCACUGCCCCUUCGCCUCCGCCCACCUGGACAACCUGAAGCGCCACCUGCGAGUGCACACGGGCGAGAAGCCGUACCAGUGCCCGUCCUGCAACUACGCCUGCGGCAACCUGGCCAACCUGCGGCGGCACGAGCGCAUCCACUCGGGCGCCAAGCCCUUCCACUGCGGCGUGUGCGGCUACUCCUGCAACCAGAGCGUGAACUUGAAGCGCCACAUGCUCCGCCACACGGGGGAGAAGCCCUACUCCUGCGCCGAGUGCAGCUACACCACGGGCCACUGGGACAACUACAAGCGGCACCAGAGGAAGCACGGCCACAACACUGACAGCUGGGACAAGCACGACGGGCAGAGCUGGGUCACUGACACCCAGGUGGACGGACACAGUCAGGGGGAGGGGGACAUGUAGACAGGGACAGAGAGAGAGAGAGAGAGUGUGUGUGUGUGUGUGUGUGUGUGUG